AUGCGUUCGCCACCAAAACGUUUUAGGGAAGCGUUCCGGAUGCUGUUGGCGGUUGUCCUGCUGGCUGAAAACGGCAUGAUGGCACCCAGAGAUAAAGGUGGCGGUGCUCAAGGCGACUUCCCCUUCAACUAUCUGGGCGGCGUCAUACGAGGGCCUAAUGGCAACGCAAACCAGGUUUACAACUUCGUCUUCGGUAACGCUUCGUCGCUGAAUCAACUCCUAAGGUUAUACGCAGGCUUGUCCAUACCGAUCUUCCAGGCAACGCCAUCGGCUUCAAGAAGCAGUGCCUCAAACCCCUCUCAAUCUUCGACAGUCGCAGCUACGACGGUGGCAUCUGUGUCCCCGAAUAGAACUGCCCCAAACACAAACUCUACGAAUCCUACCACAAGAAUGAGUCCGAAUGAAACCAACUCUGAUGAGACACCAACCUCUCUUCCUCCUACUCAAGUGCCGUCGUCUGGUUCUCCAUCAUCGAACCGCCUGAUAACGGAACCAACGACAACACGGCUACCAAGCACAGAAAGAUCCACGGUUGUACAUUCAGCGGAAACUGUGGAAUCAACAUUUUCGACCGCUCAAGUUAGUCUCUCAACGUUCAACGAGACGGGUCGGAAUGAAGGAACUUUAGGAACAGGGGUGAUAUCAAUGUCCUCUGUUUCGAUUCAAGUGCCGUCAUCCACCAGAUGGGUGACAACCGGUAUGGUAACAGAACCAACCGCAAGCGAGGUGCUGUCUACUGAAGGAGCAACUGCUGAGAUUACAACCGAAUCGGCAAACCAGAGUCACACAGACGUGAUGCCUUUAUCGCCGAUUGGCAACACAACGCCAAACGAUACAGGUAUAACCGGAUCGUCGACAACAUAUCAAUCAGGUACAGAAAGCACAGAGGUCACAUUUACAACGGAGGUAGAUAAGCAGAACGUCACGACUGGGACAUCAAUUCCUGAAAUGACCACGAUGACCGUGUCGGCAUCAAACAACGCGAGUGCCAGUGCGGAAACAACUACCAAUCUAGGCACUGUAAAUGCGACGACAUUGUUUGCUGUUUUAACUGAAGAAUCAACGUCUGGUUCUACAGUGUUGAACAACGUUGCAACUGAGUCGACGAGAAAUCAGGAUCCAGGAACUACUGAACCAAAUGUCACAACUACAACUGAAACUGAAAUCCGGAGCAUUUCGAGUUUGGAAAGUACGAGUAGUAUCGAUGCUGACACGGCAUCAUCUUUUCAUACCGAACCUGCGGCAACUAAUGGGGAAUCAACAAAUAUCAGCGAGAGAGAGACUACAAGAAAUCUGAGACAUACCUUCAGUACUGCCAUGGAAAACUCUUCGCUUGAACCCACUGAAGAAAUAACGGUGAUAUCAACAGCUGUGACCCCGAAAUACAACACGGAGAGCUUAGAAACCACUAAAAACACGGAAGACAAAUCUACGCCAACACCAUCUCGGCAAUUUUCAGAAUCAGAAUUCAGCACUGAGCCACCGGCAACUACGACCUUAAAGAGUGAACGAACACCUGAAUCAUCUAGUACAAUGACUGAAGCUCCUGACUUUUCCUCUGCUGAAAUAAAUACUCCUCUAUCUACCCCAGUAACGAGAGAUGAUAACGGCGCAACACCCGAAACUCUCAACCCUACCGGCGGUUAUAUUACCGAUCAUUCGUCGUCUAUUACAACAAGAAAUGAGGGAACCCAUGAAACACCUAGCACCAAAACAGGAAUAACUUCCUUUCUGCCUACAGAGGAUGCCACCACACCACCAACUGUAACAACAGAUGCAGAAAAUAGGAUGACACUAAUCACAAGUGACACUGACGAUUAUAUUACAUCCUCCAUUCCCCCUGUAAGAACUUAUGAUCCCAGCACAGAGCCCACUACUGAAACGUUAUCUGCGAUUAGUACAUUAAGUGAACAAACAACGAGAGAAGAAUCGACUACUACAGCAGAAAUCACCUCGUUUCAACCUACCAAGGAACGCACCUUUAUAUCAACUGUGGGAACUGAGGAAGAAAGUAGCACAAGCGUGGAAACUACAAUCACCACUGAACAAAGCAUGAAUCAAACGGCCACUGAGCAGCCUUCCAACACUCAACCCAGCACUGAAAGGGUGUCAACUAUUACUAUGUCCACAGAGCAAACAACAGGAAUAAAAUCAAGUACUCUAGUAGAAAGUAGCUCACCUCUUUUAACUGAAGAAAGCACAUUUAUGUCAACGGUGCUAACGAGAGACAGAAGUAGCGCAACCGUGGAAACUACCAGCAGUAUUGAGGAAACUAUGACACCUACAGUCACCGAAAAUCCUUCAAGGACUGAAUUCACUCCGAAAGAGUUGUCCACCCCUACAGCCAUGACUGAACAGACGACAGAAGUACAUCCUUGUACUAUGCCGGAAAGCAGCACCCUCGUAUCUACAGAGGUUAGCACAUUUCCGCCAACUCUAGUUACAGACGAAGAAAGUAGCUCAUCCAUUGGAACUACAAGUAAUACUGAAGAAAGCGUAGCAUCCACAAUCACCGAAAAAUCUUUAGAAACUGAAUCAAGUACUCAAGAGUUGUCAACCAUUUCAAUGAUGAUUAUCACGACAGAGCAAGGAUCGAGUACUGUAGUAGAAGGCACCUCAUUCGUGCCUACUGAAGAAAGCACAUUCGUGUCAACAGUGACAAUUGAAGAAGGAAGUAGUGCGACCAUAGAAAUUACAGGCAAUACUAGAGAAAUAGUGACACCCACCGUAACCGGGGAAUCUUUAAGUACUGAAUCUAGCACUGAACACCUGUCAACGAUAACUUUGAUAAAGGAUUCUUCAACAAAAGUGGAAGAAAGCACAUCGUUCCUACCAACUAAAGAGAGCACAUUUAUAACGACUGUUUUGACCAUGGAAACAUUAAGCAGUACUGAGGAAACCAUGACACCAUCGGUCACCGAGAAAUCUUUAGCUACCGAGACUAGUACUGGAGAGCCGUCAACAUUAACAUUGAUAUAUGAUCCUUCAACAGAAAUGGAGUCGACCCCUUUGUCAGAGAGCACAACGGUCUUUCUUACUGAAGAAAGCACAUUUAUAUCAGCUGCAGUGACCAUGGAAACAACAGGUGGUACUGAGGAAACUAUAACACCUCCAGUAACCGAGGAAUCUUUAGGCACUGAGACUAGUACUGGAGAGCUGUCAACGAUUACGCCUAUCAUCCAACCAACCACCGAAAUGGAAUCAACACCUCCCUCAGAAAGCACGGUUUUCUACCCCACUGAAGAGAGCUCCUUUGUGCCAACUAUAGUAACAGGCGAGGAAAGCAGCGCAACAAUUGAAACCACAGGUAACACCGAGGAGACCAUGACACCUUUGGCCACCGAGGAAUCUUUAGGCACUGAGACAAGCACUGCAGAGCUGUCAACAAUUACGGCUAUAACCGAACCAACUAGCGAAUUGGGAUCAACACCUUUAUCAGAAGGCACUUCGUUCUUUUAUACUGAAGAAAGCACUUUCAUGUCAACUGCAGUGACGGAAGAAGAAAGUAGCGCAACCAUUGAAACCACAGGAAAUACUGAGGAGACCAUGACGCCUUCGGCCACCGAGGAAUCUUUAGGGACUGAGUCAAGUACUGAAGAGCUGUCAACAAUUACGAUGAUAACUGAACCCACAACCGAAGUGGAAUCAACGCCUUCGUCAGAAGGUACAUCGUUAUUUUAUACCGAAGAAAGCACUUUCAUGACAACUGCAGUGACGGAAGAAGAGAGCAGCGCAACCAUUGAAAUCACUGGUAAUACUGAGGAGACCAUGACACCUUCGGUGACUGAGGAAUCUUUAGGGACUGAGUCAAGUACUGAAGAGCUGUCAACAAUUACGAUGAUAACUGAACCCACAACCGAAGUGGAAUCAACGCCUUUGUCAGAAGGUACAUCGCAAAUUUAUACCGAAGAAAGCACUUUCAUGUCGACUGGAAUGACGGAAGAAGAGAGUAGCGCAACCAUUGAAAUCACUGGUAAUACUCAGGAGACCAUGACACCUUCGGUCACCGAGGAAUCUUUAGGGACUGAGUCAAGUACUGAAGAGCUGUCAACAAUUACGAUGAUAACUGAACCCACAACCGAAAUGGAAUCAACGCCUUUGUCAGAAGGUACAUCGUUAUCUUAUACCGAAGAAAGCACUUUCAUGUCAACUGCAGUGACGGAAGAAGAGAGCAGCGCAACCAUUGAAAUCACUGGUAAUACUGAGGAGACUAUGACACCUUCGGCCACCGAGGAAUCUUUAGGCACUGAGUCAAGUACUGAAGAGCUGUCAACAAUUACGAUGAUAACUAGACCCACAACCGAAGUGGAAUCAACGCCUUUGUCAGAAGGUACAUCGUUAUUUUAUACCGAAGAAAGCACUUUCAUGUCAACCGCAGUGACGGAAGAAGAGAGCAGCGCAACCAUAGAAACCACAGAAUCUACAAUCACACCAAUAUCUACCAACACGGAACAGGCGUCAAGUACAAGUGUUACGUAUAUAACUAAGACGACGAUCCAAGAGAAGACAACGGUAGCGCCCGAAAACAUCUCUACUACAGUGACGUCAUCAAGUUCUCCAACUGAGGUGACUACCCAAUUCAGUGGUCAAAGUACGACCUCUAGCCGGGGCUUGGAAACCACUGAAGCGUUCCCAACCACCGCUCAACAAUCAACCGUAUCACCCACAACACAAACAUCCAUUCACGAGACAACUGAACAACCGUCGAACACGAGCACAGAAUCCACGACAGUUGGAACGAUCAGAACCACAUCCACAAAUACCAAACUUAACACUGAAAGUACAACACAGAUGACAACCAAAGGAGAAGUGCUGACAACUACGGCAAACCAGACAACCGAACGUUUCACAGACGAGGGGAUUAGUGGUGGCCCCGUUAGACCUGGGAGUGGGCUCUACACGGACGAAGGAAUCAGUGGAGGCCUUUUAAGCUUCGGUCAGGAUCAGUCUUCCGGUGCAUCAUUGGGCACUCUUCCCACUUUCACGAACGAUGGAAUUCAAGGAGGUGUUAUUGGAGCUCCUCGAGGUGGCCUGGUUAAUCCAAUAACACGUGAAGAUAAUGAUUUGCCAUCCAGAGACGAAGGUGUUCGAGGUGGCCUGAUAGAUCCAGGUGUUCUGUAUGGAUAG